UGACUUGGUGUGGUUUGUCUUUGUUCCUGACCCCCUUUCACUUUCCUUGGUGUUGUUCUCCUUUGUUGUUGUUGUUUUUGAAGAAAAGAAAAAAAAAUCUAUCUAUCCCUGUGCUGUGUCUUGUUGGCCGGGAGUGAUGUUGCACGUGGAGAUGUUGACGCUGGUCUUUCUGGUGCUCUGGAUGUGCGUCUUCAGCCAGGAUCCCAGCUCCAAAACGGUGGCCGAUCGCUAUGCCGUCUACUGGAACAGCACCAAUCCCAGAUUCCAGAGGGGUGACUACCAUAUUGAUGUUUGCAUCAAUGACUAUUUGGAUGUAUUCUGUCCUCAUUAUGAGGAUUCGGUGCCAGAAGAUAAGACUGAACGCUACAUACUUUAUAUGGUGAACUUUGAUGGCUACAGCUCCUGUGAUCACACCUCCAAGGGAUUCAAGAGGUGGGAGUGCAAUCGGCCUCACUCUCCGAAUGGACCAUUGAAGUUCUCAGAAAAAUUCCAGCUCUUCACUCCCUUCUCAUUAGGAUUUGAGUUCAGGCCAGGCCGGGAAUAUUUCUACAUCUCAUCAGCAAUCCCCGAUAAUGGGAGGAGGUCCUGUUUAAAGCUGAAAGUCUUUGUACGGCCUGCAAACAACUGUAUGAAAACUAUAGGUGUUCAUGAUCGUGUUUUCGAUGUUAACGACAAAGUAGAAAAUUCAUUAGAACCAGCAGAUGAUACCGUACAUGAGUCAGCCGAGCCAUCCCGUGGUGAGAAUGCAGCGCAGACACCAAGGAUAUCCAGUCGGCUUUUGGCAACCCUACUGUUUCUCCUGGCAAUGCUUUUGACGUUAUAGCACAUAUUCUAGCAACCUGUCACAGACAACAUCAGGGUCUUGGAACAUCAAAGAUCCCCUUAACUGCUCAUCCCAAGAACGGGACUUUGUAUUGGUUUUGCAGAUGUUGGUUUGUUUUCCUCCCCCAGGCUCCUCCCCUUCUUCCUCUGCAACCUGAACUAUGAGCAAAACUUGAAGAGGCACAGCUAGCCCUCUUCCCACUCCCAGUCUUUCCCCUAGCUUUCCUUGACCCCUUCUAAAAUAAAAGGACUCCAAAUGAAAAUGCCAAAUUUCAAUAUUGACACUAGUGAUUCUUACUUUCCUCUGCAGCGUCUCUUAUGAUACAACCUCCGUUAGCUUGCUGGGCCAUCUGUAUGUGGAGAAGGAAGAAUAGUAGCAGAUGCAGUCAGCUGGAGGAUAAGGAAGUUGUUUGGAAAACCAAGAGGAGUUUUUACUCUCUCCAAUCCAAUAUUUAUUCCUCAUUCAGCACUGUAAGAUGAUCGUGCAAGGCAUUGUGUCACCAUGUCAGGACUGGAGGGGAGAUAUUAAGAAUAGAUAUAGCAUAACACCAUUUCCUCCAGGACUUUCUUCAUGAACAGGAUUCUCAGAGGAAAGAGAUACUGUUUUAUAUCCAACUGCCUUGAAAGAUCCUUGACAAUAGAAUUUGUGCUCCACAACAGAAACAAUGUCAUUAGGGGAGAAGAGAGUGACUACUGAGGAGUUUUAGCACACAAGCAAGGUCAGAGUUAGGAAGCUACGCUGGGGUGUGAGUGCCUCUAUUAUCUCUCUAAGUGGAUAGUGCACACCAGAUUAUUUUUUUCUUUUGAAACAGAUCACCAUGGUGCUACAAUGAUUUUUCUUCAAAUGCAAAGAGGCAUUUUCUGUACUUUUUUUCCUCUUUUUUGUGUGAAUAAAGUGACCUUUCCCAAGGCUGACUUACUAGCUGAUAGCCUUGGAUACCAUUCUGGGUGAUGAUGCAUGCUAGGAUGAUAAGAACACUGGGUGGAGUAAACCUGGUCAGCGAUACAGAAUCCCCAGGGUGCUCAUGAUUUGCCUCCCUUGAAAGUUUGGCAACCAUUGGAGUAAACUGCAGCCAGAAAGGGACCAGGACAGUUGUCAUAGAUUGGGGCGGGGGAGGCUAAGAACAAAAAGAAUAAGAAAAAUAUGUUGAACUCUGGAGUGAUUUCAGGCAUUGGUUUUAUACCUCUCUUCCUUUCCAACCAAGUUGAAAAGUAGAGGAAAUGUCUUUAUCAGCAGGAGAUAAACUAGAUGGACUCCCAAAGACCUUUAACUUUUCUUUUCUUUUCUUUUUUGAAAACCCACUAGAAUAGAAAAUACAUUAUUUAGAUUAUGCUGAAAAUAAGUAUAUAUGCUUGUCCUAUUUAAAGAUGAUAAAAAGUGAUAACUUUUGGCAGUUAAGAACAUGGGGUGCUGCCUUGCUUGGUUGAAAUCGGGGCAACUCCGUAGGCAUCUGAACUAUGUUAGGGCCUCAUAAACCACUUACCAGGAAAUGCCUUCCUUGCGGGGCUCCAUUGGCUUAGGCAGGCCUGAAUAUUGACUUGCAAGAGACUGGGUAAAUGAGAGAGACCCUGAGAACAACUAUUUUGGAAAGAUAGCUUUCCACCAAAUUAUUGAGAACAAAGCCUUACAAGAAUGGGGUUAGAUUUCACUGGAUUCUUACAAAAUAAUAAAAGUAUAAUUUAAUCUUAAACCAUGAUGCAAAUAGACAGCAUUUUGUGAAUGUCUUUUUGUUUUAUGAGAAGAAAUAGUUUUUUAAAAAACUGAAGAUUCAGAAUGCAAAAAUAUCAGAAAGGAAAAAGUAAAUUUAAGGUACUCUGGGCUUGCCUGAUACCGUACAGUAUGGGCUGCAUUUGAAUGCACAGAGAUGUCUAAUAUUGCACACAAACAAAAAACGUCACAGCCUAGGUUGAAGGAUGACACUUUCCCCACAGUACAAUAAAUACAUCUUCUCUGUAUGGUCACAUGUAGCUAGGAAUGGCAGUGCACAAUGUCACUAGUUAUUACCUUGAAAAUGGCGAACAAAGCAAAGACAGUUUUGCACACCAGAUAAUGUCGCUGAGAAGGUUCUACACCAACUGCAAACAUGAGUCGGACUAAUUUGAUGUCCUAACAAGCGAUUUUCCAUAAUUCAUCAAUAAAUAAAGACUGGACUCACUUCUGUCUCAAGAGCACGCUUUUUAAAAAACACAAGUUUUCAUCACAGUGAAUUCAACCCUUCGCUUUGCCACAGUGUCAAUGCUAAUCUAAUGAAUAAAAGCAACACUGUAUCAUGCUCAAGAGGCUAAUUGCUGCACUGCAUCAAAUGCAAGCCUUGUGGGCAGUAAGUUUACAGGACCUCCACUUCGGAUACUUGACCGCAUCAGGCAAUCUCAGUCAUAUCAAGCAAGCAAUGUCUGACAGUUUUUGAAUCUCGUGUGUGUGUGUGUGUGUGUGUGUGUGUGUGUGUGUGUGUGUGUGUGUGUGUGUGAGAGUGAGUGAGUGUAUGUGAGAGAGAGAGAGAGA